CCGGCGCGCAGGCGCGGGGGGAGGCCGCGUGGGGGGAGGUGGUGCUUGGCCGGUGCGCCCCGCGGCGCGAUAUUCCCGGGCUGCCGGAGCGCUUGGGUCUGGAGAUGACCGUGACUCGUUUGCCAGGCGCUUCUGUGGUGUGGAGAGUCAGUCCACUGCUUUGACUGUCUUGCUGAUGAGUGGCUCCCCCGGCUCCAGGGGGUUCUCUGGUUUCUCAUUUCACCAGAGGCUGCGUCUGCCAGGGGUUAAGACUGGAAAGAUGAUGAGAGAGAGAGAGGAUUUGCCAUCUUGGGAUCCCAUGGCUUUCUUUCCUGGGCUCUGGGGCCCCUUCACCCAUGUAAGCAGAGUACUCGGCCAGCGCUGUUUCAGCACCAGUGGGAGCCUCGGUGCGAUUCAGAAGAUGACGCGGGUGCGUGUGGUGGACAACAGUGCACUGGGGAACACCCCGUACCAUCGCCCACCUCGUUGCAUCCACGUCUACAACAAGAAUGGAGUGGGCAAGGUGGGCGACCGGAUACUGCUGGCCAUCAAGGGACAGAAGAAAAAGGCACUCAUUGUGGGGCAUCGCAUGCCUGGUCCCCGGAUGACCCCCAGAUUCGAUUCCAACAACGUAGUCCUCAUUGAGGACAAUGGGAACCCUGUGGGGACCCGAAUUAAGACACCCAUCCCCACCAGCCUACGCCAGAGGGAAGGCGAGUUUUCCAAGGUGCUAGCCAUUGCUCAGAACUUUGUGUGAGCAGAGCCCAGGCUGCCAGCUGCAGUGGGGCUCAUGAAUGGAGCAGUCCUGAGAACUGUACCUUUGCUGAGAGGAGCUUGGGGCCCUGGGGCUGGGGAACAGCCUCCUAUGAGAAAAUAAACAUUCAUGUAUGUUUCUUCCUGAGCUUUCUGGGAUGUGGUUGUGAGGUAAAUGGCACUGAAACAGUUAAAAGGUGGCCCACCCAUGUCCGGCAACAUGAGAUGGCAGUCUUUGUAUGGGGUAGCCUGUGAGCAUCCAGGAUUAUCAGGCUUUGGAAAAUUGAGGUACAAACUGAAUGCAAGUUUAUAAAUGUACAGAGGAAUCUGUCACUUUCUAACCAGGCAAACUGUUUUUUUUUGGCCAUCCAAAAUAUCCUUUUCGCGUGUCAGAGGGCUUAAGAUAUUAAAUGGUUAUGAAGAUUACUGGGUUAGCAUGAAUAGGAGCAGAGGGACUCAUGUAAUCUAGUGGGACAUUGCCUUUAGGUUUCGAUAGAACCCAGCAGUAAUCUUUUCUCUACUGUGGAUUACCUUCUGCUAGGGACCAAAAUGUUCCUCUGUGCCCACAGCAGAAAGCUUCCUCCUUCAACUGCCAGGAAGUGAACUAGCCCUUGUAGUUUGCGGAUGACUUAAUCUUGGGCCUUGCAGGUGAUUCAGUGACAAUUUAUCUUCCGUUUAUUUGCUGGUCUCCUUGGGGAGGUUUGGGGGCUCCCUUAGUUCCUUUAAUGGAAUCUCAUCAACCCAUUCAUAAAUUCAUUCAUUUAUUCAUUCAAAAUAUCCUGGGCACAUACUCAUUAAAUAUUCCGGAGGCCUCUGAGAGGCGGAGUAGCAUGAUGGUUAAGAACACAGGCUCUGUAGCCACUGCCUGGUUUGAAUCCUGACUCCAACACUUACCGCUUACUGACUUUGGGCAAGUUAUUUAGCUUCUCUGUCCCUCAGUUUCCUCACCUGUAAAAUGAGAAUAUAAUAAUGGUACCUACGUGAUAGGGUUGAUGUGAGAAUUGACUGAAGCAGGACCUGUAAGUGCCUGGCAAUUAUGAGCACUCGAGAAGUAUUAGCUAUUUUCUGUUAUUGCCAUGUGUGUCCCAGGGCUGGGCAACAAAGGUGAGUGUGAGCAGAUACGGUCCUUGCCCUCGUGGAGCUUACAGCGUCCUGGGGACGUCAACCCAAAUCACCUAAUUACUCCAACAGAUGCAAAUCCCCAAGUGUAACAAGUGCCUAUGAUACAGGGGUUAGACCUUUUCAUGGGAUUGUAGGCCACUGCCCUGAGAAAGGGUUGCAUCAGCUGCCUUCUGAGAACCUAAUCUACACUGUGAUAGAAGAUGGAAUGGCGGUUACCUGGCGGCUGGAGAGGAGUGUAGACUGGAAAGGGGCAAGAGGGAAACUUUGAGUGUUGCAAACGUUCUAAAUCUAGAUCUAGGUGGGAGCUACAUGAGUAUAUGCAUCUGUAAUUAUGGAGCUGUACACUUUAGUGCACUUUAUGUACUUUAUACCUUAGUAAAAAUAAAUGGAUAGGCAUUAGCUAGGGGAGAGAGGAGCGGAAAAUGUUCCAGGGAGAGGGAAGAGCAUGUGCAAAAACUCUGGCAGGAGGAAAUGGGAUAAGUACCAGGGACUCGGAAAAAGCCAGUGUGGCUGAAGUAGGGAGAGCAAGGGAGCGUGGUGAGGAUGAGGUUGGAAGAGGAGCAGGGCCAGGCAGUGCAGAGCCUUGUGAGCCUGGGAAGGAGGUUUCCUUAUCCUGAGGGCAUUGGGAUACUGAU